UUUUAAACUUUAACAUUUUAUCAAACGUUUUAGCGAUCUUGUAUAUUGUAUCCAUGGUGUUUACUCAAACGGGAUCUUAUUGAGAAAAUAGGUCUACCAUAAAAUCCAAUAAAUAUGGGACCAAAAAAGAAGGGGAAGAAGUCUGGCAAACUUUCCAAGAUGACAGAGGAGGAGAGAUUGGCAUACGAGGAACAGAAGAACCUCGCCGAGGAGGAACUGAAAAAGAAAAAGGAGGAUAUGCUGACACAGUUUUUAAAGGAUAAAUUAGCAAAAGAAGAAAGAGCGACAAAGUUUAACAUCAACAAACUAAACCACCAAUGGAGAAACAUCAUGAGAGAGAACAAAUCCAAGGAACUGAAGAAGGACCUGGAAAUUCUGAGUCAGACAUUUGAGAGGAUCGUAGACAGGAAGGAUGCCACCAUUAAAUCAUUGGCAAAGGAUCUCCAGGAGGCUGAUGAACAAUACUCAAUGGCACUGAGGGCUCAUUUACAGAAUGUGGAUGGUCUUAUAGACCAGCAGAAGCUGAGGAUCCAGAGCCUCCAACAGGAGUAUGAGGAGGAGCUGGAGGUGAUCCAUGAGGAGUUUGACACGGAGCGCGCCAUCAUGAUCGACCAGCACAACAUCGAGAUGAACGACAUCGCAGACAUCUUGUUUGCCAUGGAACAGAACUUCCAGGACAAGGAGAAUGAGGCCAAGUCAGAAUUCCAGAGCAUGACUGAUGAAAUUAGAAAUAAACACAUGGAGGAGAAGCAUGGCCUCCACCACACUCUGCAGGAUAAGCUCGAGUUUUACUGGAAGGAGUUCAGCAACGCGCUCAAGAUGUACCAGGAAAACAACCAGGACCGCAAACUCGCGUUCGAGGAACUCAAAUCUAAGGACGACGACUCUGCCCAGGAAAUUGAUGCUCAGAUGCGCAAACUCACUCGCAUAUCAGAACAAAUUGCUCAAUUGAAAUCAAAAAUGGCAUCCAAUGCCAAAGAAUGUGAAGAAAGAAAUCGACAGCUGAAGGAGGAGAGAGAGAAAAUGUUGGCACAUUUCCAGCAUUUAAAAUCCCAGAUGAACAAGCUUCGAGAUGGAGAGAGAGACAAACUCACAAAACUCACACUGGAGAGUAAUUCAGCAAUCAAAGAGCUCAAGAGGAACAUUGAAAAGCUACAAUGCAUAAUGAAACUGGGUGAGAUUUGUCGUAAGUUUGAGACAGAGGAAGAGAAAGUGUUACCCUUCUAUGCCUCUUCUUUGACUCAAGAGGAGCAGAACGAUGUGAAUGCUGCUGUGUUAGAGGCUCCAAAUGAGGCUCUGGUGACUGUGAUGCAUGAGUACAGUACCCUGGAGAACUUCUGGAAGAGAUUUAACAAGGUCAGUCUGGACAAGUUGGCCCUGGAGAAAGAGAAGCAGGGAAUGAUGGUAGAGAACCAGCAGCUCCGGACGCUGCUCAAGCAGUAUCUCGACGGAAUCUCGGUCAACGACGAGAUCCUCUCACAGGUCAACCCGCUCUUCAUCGUCAACAACAAGACCAAUGUCAAAUUGAAUGUCCCAGUAACUGACCCCAGAAUUCGGCGCCCAGUCGCUCAGACGGUAAUAGAGGCUUCCCAUGCAGUCAAGAAUAUACUGCCGUCAUGACUUGAUUCUGUUUUGUAUCAAUGUCUAGUAAACUUGUGGGCCAUUCCUGGUUAAACUCUGUAUUGUUAACUGCUAUCUAUAUAUUUUUUGGUUGUGUAUCAGGAGCCUUUGAAGUGUUAAAUUGAUCAAUACAUACUAUGUAUACAGUGAUAAACAUAAUGAUUGUUAUGUAUUUAUACAGUGAUAAAUACAGGAAAUAAAAUCUCAGUUGUCAAUGAAUGCCAAGUAUUAGGAUAACAAUCAAACACUUAAUGUAAUAUUGUGUUCACCUGUAAUGUAUAUAGUUAGAACUAUACUGUAGUAGGUCAAUUUACACCAAGUCUGCAUAAUGUUCUUGCCACUGUUUUAUAACAGUAUGUGAAAUCAGUAUUCCUAAACAAUAUUUGAUAUAUACAGUAUUUUACAUUGCACUGUGCCAAACAAAGCAAUCAUAUUCCACAUAAUGGAUUUUAUUUCAUCUAUUGUGUUUACUGUAGAAUUUAUUCAGAAUUAUAGGACCUAAUUUGCUCCAAAAAGAGCUUAAGGUUUUGACAAGCAGUUUAUGAUUUUUACAAAACUUUGCGUUAUUCACUAAAGAUUUACAUGUAUAAUGCUUAUUCUGGUUUGUUUGCUGCAUGCUCUGUGCGGAGUUGUUUUUACCGCUUGUAUAAAUCUUGCCAUGUUUUGGACUGAUCGCCACUGUGUGAAUACUCUCUUGCCGCUAUCGACCCUACACGGGGCUGGCUCUUGUACCUGGCUUGUUUAUUUACCUGUUUUAUUUAUUGUUGUUGUGUCUGUGUUGACGUGGUUUUAUACUUUACAUGUAAUACUACACUACUAAUAAUGAUACCAUAUCCUAUUAAAGAAGGGAAAAGAA